AUGAGGAGCCGAGGAACAAGUGUGACCAUCCCCGAAGACAGAGGACAGGCCCCGGCCCCUGUGGGACGGACUCAGAGUGGAGCUCCACUCCUCAUCUCCCCAUCAGUGACAGAGCUAACAACACCUAGAGCCCCAUUCAGAGGCAAGCGCUUUGUGUUACGGGCUCACGGCCAUGAUAGCCCUCGGCAGCUGGUGUUCUCACAGACCACUGCAUGGAAAAUGGGCCGAUUUCAGGAUUUAGCUGCCCGCGGGUCGUGUGAAGUAUCGUCCUCUGAAGAGAAUGGAGACACAACAGCCGCGGUCACCUUAAAGUCACAGCCCGGCUCGGCUUUCACGUGUCACGGCGCGUGGGGACGGGCCCGGCCCCGGGCCCGCGCACUGAUUCGCUGUUUUCUCCGGAUACAAAUAGGCCGAGCACGGCACGGCGCGGGCCCCGUCUUCUGCCGUCAGCUGCUAUCGGCGCUCGAUUGGUUUCGCCUGGGAGAAACCAUGGACGACCGAGAGGACAAUGUCUCCAUUCCUGCCUUCAGCUUUCUCCUCCAGAUGGACCCCCACCUCAAACCCUACGAAAAGGACUUCAGGAGGAGAUACGAGCUGCUCCAGAACCGGCUCUUCCAGCUGGAGGAGGCGGAGGGAGGCUUCGACCAGUUCACCCGCAGCUACCGGGACUUCGGCGUGCACCGGCGCCCCGACAACAGCCUCUUCUUCAAAGAGUGGGCUCCGGCGGCCGAGGCCCUGUUCCUCACCGGAGAUUUCAACGGCUGGGACAAGUUUGCCCACCCCUACAGCAAGAAGGAGUUCGGCAAGUGGGAACUGGUUCUUCCACCCAAGCCCGACAACUCUCCCGCCGUGGAUCACAACAGCAAACUGAAGGUGGUAGUUCACACCAAGAGUGGCGAGCGCCUGUACCGGAUCUCGCCGUGGGCCAAGUACGUGACGAGGGAGGAGAAGUCUGUCAUCUACGACUGGGUUCACUGGGAUCCUCCUCAGCCUUAUGUUCGUGUCCACCCCCGUCCAAAGAGGUCCAAAAGUCUGCGAAUAUACGAGGCCCAUGUGGGUAUCGCCUCACCUGAGCCGAAGGUGGCCUCCUAUACCGACUUCACAACCAACGUUCUGCCUCGCAUAAAAGAACUGGGUUACAACUGCAUCCAGCUGAUGGCUGUCAUGGAGCAUGCCUACUAUGCAAGCUUUGGAUAUCAGAUUACAAGUUUCUUUGCUGCUUCCAGUCGCUAUGGUACCCCAGAUGAGCUGAAGCAGCUGAUUGACGUGGCCCAUUCAAUGGGCAUUUUAGUCCUGCUGGACGUGGUUCACAGCCACGCUUCCCAGAACACAGAGGAUGGUCUGAACCGAUUCGAUGGCACAGACUCCUGCUUCUUCCAUUCACCACCCCGAGGAGAGCACUCGCUCUGGGACAGCCGCCUCUUCAAUUACGGCAGCUGGGAAGUGCUGCGGUUCCUGCUGUCAAACCUGCGCUGGUGGAUGGAGGAGUACUGCUUCGAUGGCUUCAGAUUUGACGGCAUUACCUCGAUGCUCUACCACCACCACGGUGUCGGCACGGGCUUCUCUGGGGACUACAGUGAAUACUUUGGCCUUCAGGUGGAUGAAGAAUCUUUGGUUUACCUGAUGAUUGCCAAUCACAUUCUCCAUACUCUUUAUCCUGACUGCAUCACUAUCGCAGAGGAUGUGUCAGGAAUGCCUGCUCUGUGCAGAAGUGUGGAGGAGGGAGGACUUGGCUUUGAUUACCGGCUGGCAAUGGCAAUUCCUGACAAGUGGAUUCAGAUCCUGAAGGAGUUUAAGGAUGAGGACUGGAACAUGGGCGAUAUUGUCCAUACGUUGACCAACAGGCGAUACGGAGAGAAGUGCAUUGCUUAUGCAGAAAGUCAUGAUCAGGCUCUGGUUGGUGAUAAGAGCCUGGCUUUCUGGUUGAUGGACAAAGAGAUGUACACCAACAUGAGCACCCUGAUCCCCAUGUCGCACGUGAUCGACCGAGGCCUCCAGCUGCAUAAGAUGAUCCGCCUCCUCACACACGGUCUGGGAGGAGAGGGCUACCUCAACUUCAUGGGUGAGUCGCCAUGGAAAUGCAGACAACGUAGUCAACAAAUUCGUGCCAGAAUAAAUGUAUAA